UGUUGCAUCGUUAGGAAUACAUCCAUAUUUCGGUAUCUUUGUGUGACAUAACUGGCUGACUGAUUCCCCCUUAACAGACCUGUGUGCACAUUACGGAGUAAGGAACUCGCUUCUUCCUGUUCUGCACCGCUCUCUCCUUGCUAGUUGUUUACCACGGUUUGACGUCAUACCGUGUUUGAUACCCUGAGCACGAACCUGUAACCUCAAUUUACGGUUAACAUCUUCCGUCCGCAUCUACUUGUUUAUACUCGUGGAAAAGGGGGCGUCUUCCCCGGCUACGUGCUCAUUUAGCCCGUCAACCAUAUCCGACACGCUUCCUGCCACACUCCCUCCUAAAUCAUCAACUCUGUUGAAUAACCUCACAGGGUUGUUCACCUAGGUCUUCAUAAGGAUGUCGGGCGGUCGCUCGACUUCACCCAUCUCUGUUCCUCCAUCAUCCCGACAGCGUCGAGCUUCCUUGGCGUCCGGCCUUGGCCUAGCUGAUUAUCUGUCGAAAUCCGGGAAUCAAGGGACCACCUCAAGCGUUCCAACGGGUCCAAUGGCUAGUGCUGUAGCCAACGCACAGUCGCACCAUGGGCGACGACUAUCCAUUACCACGCUAGGGCUUUCAGGCUCACCAACCCAGACUUCACCGUUUGGGGGAAGAAACUUGCGACAUGGUAGCGUGUCUAGCUCCAUGGGAUCCAAUCCCGCAAGCCUCGAGGACGCAGUCAUAGAGGAUAAUGAGAAUGGCCCUCCUAGUGCCACCCCGAGCUCUCCGUUCGCACGGAGAGUUUCUUUUGGCGCACAGGCAUUGCGAGAUGUCCGCGGAGGAAGCACAGGCAAUGGUAGAUAUCCCUCUCCUAGGUCAUCCAUGGCUGGAGGGCGCUCAUAUGCGUCGCCAGUCAGCUGCACUUCUGUCAAUACCACCGCUGUUUCAAUAGCUGCAAGUACACAUAAAGUGAUUCCUGAGAACGAUAGAUCUAACCCGUCUUGGCGACCAUUAGGCGAAGGCUUCAAUUGGUCCGAAGCUCUUCGAACCCGCGCCGAGCGUGCCCCGUCGAUUGGAAACAAUUCCUCAAAUACACAUCAAGGACAGCAUACAGCAAACACGGUUCAGUCUGGGCAGCAUCAGCGAGCGGCCUCCAUUGCUUCAAUGGAACAACCAGCCCGGGAGAUGCCCAAGCAACCCCGGCAAACUAAACCGGAUUUCUUUCAGGAGAAAAUACUCCGUGGAGAUUUUAUGGAUUAGGCAUGUGGACUUAAGUUCUUCCUACCUCUUCGUUCCUGUCUAGCACUCCAUCUCCCCUUACCACAAGGACCAAAGAGAGACGGGCGAGGUGAAGGAUCUAAAACAGGAAUGGACACGAAAAAUAAGCCAUUGCAGCUGAUCAAUGUGGUACUUCCGAUUCUGCAUUCGCAAAGCAUGUUAAGAUCGGUUAGUCAGCUGGCUGCCCUUUUCAUGAUACACCCAUCCGGUUUAUCUA